CCACGUACGGGAAGUCGGAGGGGUAAAUCAGCUGGUUGGAAUCCGCAGAAAUCAACAGGACUGUUUUCCCCUCACUUAGCUAGCUACCCAUCUGUCAACUCCUAUUUCUCCCCUCCUUCCUUUUUUGCUAUCAAAAACGCCACCCUGGCGAUGUCGGAGUCAUACGAUUUCCUGUUUAAAUUCCUGGUGAUUGGGAAUGCUGGAACAGGCAAAUCCUGCCUGCUGCACCAGUUCAUAGAGAAGAGAUUCAAGGAUGAAUCCAACCACACAAUUGGAGUGGAGUUUGGCUCUAAGAUCAUCAGUGUGGUCAACAAAAUGGUCAAACUGCAGAUUUGGGACACUGCAGGACAAGAAAGGUUCAGGUCUGUGACCAGGAGUUACUACAGAGGAGCAGCAGGAGCCCUGCUGGUCUAUGACAUCACCAGUCGAGAGACAUACAACGCUCUGACCACAUGGCUGAGCGAUGCCAGGAUGCUGGCCAGUCAGAACAUUGUCAUCAUCCUCUGUGGAAAUAAGAAGGACCUGGAUGCUGACAGAGAGGUCACAUUCCUGGAGGCCUCACGCUUCGCUCAGGAGAACGAGCUGAUGUUCUUGGAGACCAGCGCUCUGACAGGGGAGAACGUUGAAGAGGCCUUUGUCCAGUGUGCUAGGAAGAUCCUCAACAAGAUAGAGUCAGGGGAGCUGGAUCCAGAGAGGAUGGGAUCAGGGAUCCAGUAUGGCGACGCUGCGCUACGACAGCUCCGCUCUCCUCGCCGUGCUCAGCCACAGGGCACCCAGGAGUGUAGCUGCUAGUCGACGCGCCUGCUAAUAUACACAGACAAGUGUGUUUAAAGACAGGUUUGUUAAGACCAGGAGACGAACAGCCAUGAGGAGGGCUUCAGGUUGCUGUGCUGGUGACUCCACCUGCAGGGAGCCGAAAAGACUUCCCCUCCCUCCCUCCCCCCUCCCACACACACUCACACACUCACACACCCAGAACUCUGAACCUUUCCACCAUCUCCACGGUAACCAGAGACCGCUCACCCUCCAACAUUCUGCUCCACUCUCGGAUCAAACCCUCCUCAGCCCUCCAAUCAGGAUGUGGAUUGCUGGCAUGUGUGUAACUUUUCUCUCUCUCUCUCUCUCUCUCUCUCUCUCUUCUUUCUACUCACCUGCUGUCACACCGGCUUUCAUUUAGAACACAUUUGGUUUCCUCACUCAUCGCUUCCAUCUAGUGGAAUAGUCUAUUACAUGUUUGGAAAUGGGCUCCAUCACCUUUUAUGUUUGAUAAAUAUGAAAUAAUUAGUCAUCCAGAAAACUGAAGAUACCCCGUGUGCAGCCGUGCGUCUCUCCUGGGUGCGGCUGGUGCUGCAGGGGUAAACCACAAACGUCCUUUAACCACAUAGAUAUGUAAACUCUCCCCGUAUGACAGUGCUUCUCUUUCUCCGCUCACCUGCUCUGCUUGGCCGCUUUAAACACUAAACCACUAACGGUCUACUGGCUUCCCAAACACAUCCCUGCUUACACACACGUUCUGCCCCUGCUUACCUUUGUUGCAUUUUUUACAUCCCAUCAUUCUCUACUCUUACUCACCUGCCUGUCUCCUUACGCAGCUCUCUGCCUUUCUAACCCCCCCAUACACAUUUACACACACAUCUUACACACUGUACAGAGUUUCUGUAUAUAGAGGUUGGCGCAUGUUUUCUCAAACAGAAUAUCAGAGUAUUUAAUUAUGAAGAGAUAUUAUAUGUAUAUUGAAGUAGAAAAUCAUAUCCGGCAUCUGUUUCAUGCUCCACUGUAUUAAUAUCACGUUGAAGCUACAAUACACUGGUAACUUGUAAGCAGAAUGGUCGGACAGAACUGUUUAUUUGUAAAUGGGGACGAGUUGAUUCUGGACGAACACGUUUAUGUGGAGGACUCCUGUUUCGUCAUUGUUCAGGCUCAUCGACUGUAAAAACAGACAGAAGCAACCGAUCACACAAUCGCUUUCCGUUCAUUUAUAUCACGCUCGAGUGUUGAAGUUACAUGUCAUCUUUUUAAUUAACAGUCCCGCAUUCACCCUCCCCAGACAGUGUAACACACUUCUUUAUCCAAAGGAUCCCAAUUGUGACGGAAGUCUCUCAUUUCUAAAUGUUGCCUGUUUACAUGAAUACCUCACCGACUGUUGCCAGCUGUGGGGUCGUACUAACUGAAUGCAUUUCAAGUUUUAGCAGUGCUAUGAUAUCAUGCGAUGUGUGUUUGAUAUUUGUUUUCCAAAGAUAUUUCAUGUCUCCUCUUUAGACUCAUAAAGCUCCCAACGAUAAAAAACACUGAAAUGUGUGAAUGGUUUGAAGGAUUUACAGCUGUGUUUUUAGCUGGUGUAUUUAAGCAUUUCAAAAACACGUUAUCUUAAUUGUUUUGUUUUUUUACAUUUCUGCCCAUGAUUUGUUGAACUUUUAAAUCAAGCACACAUCAAACUGUAGAUGUAUGUCACAUUUGAUCUGAUAGUGGCUUUGGCUGCUACAGGUCGCUGUCUUGUGUUUAUGUCAUCAGCUCCUUUUGUUUAUAUUUAUGUAUGUCUGUUUUUCUCUCGUCAUUAUGAAUAUCAUUGAUUUCUUAUUUAUUGUGUAUGAUAAAAGCAUAUGUUUUUAAAAUAAAAAAAUGCUACAAAUACUG